AUGCCGUUGAACCCAAAGGUUAUUGCGACCCUGGUGUCGGUCGCUCUUUUCCCUCUUUCUUUGAUUCUGUUUGCCAGUGGCUUUUUCCCCCAUAAGCCCUUUCUCCCAGGACUUGCCACGUUCAAUGGAGAUGGUGAACGUCCUCCGGCGGCGUUCGACAAGGUUAUAUUCAUGGUUGUUGACGCCUUACGCAGUGAUUUUGUCUAUUCCAAUUAUUCGGGCUUUGAAUUUACUCAAGAAUUGAUAAGAAAUGGCAAUGCUCUGCCAUUUACUGCACAUGCCAGCUCCCCAACAAUCACAAUGCCACGUGUAAAGGCCAUAACUACAGGAUCUGUCCCUUCUUUUUUGGAUGUAAUUCUAAAUUUCGCAGAGUCUGAUACUUCAUCGACUCUUGCAAAUCAAGAUACAUGGCUAGCACAAAUCAGGACCCGGCCUGGUGGGCGACUUGUGAUGUACGGAGAUGAUACCUGGCUCAAACUAUUCCCAGGUAUGUUCCAUCGACACGAUGGAACAUCCAGCUUUUUUGUUUCAGAUUUUGUCGAGGUGGACAAUAAUGUUACCCGUCAUAUCCCCGAAGAGUUACAAAACGAUGAUUGGUCCGCAAUGAUCAUGCAUUACUUGGGUCUUGAUCAUAUCGGCCAUAAGGCAGGGCCGUAUAGUCCAUAUAUGGUUCCUAAGCAGCGAGAAAUGGACUCUAUUGUGAAGGAAAUCUAUACUGCAAUGGAAGAGAAAGCUCAUCUUUCUUCUACGGUCCUAGUUCUGUGUGGCGACCACGGGAUGACUGACGCAGGAAAUCAUGGCGGAGCAUCCCCAGGGGAAACAUCGCCCGCACUGACAUUCAUAUCACCAAAGUUUCGGCACUUCCACAAAGGAAAUGAUUGCCCAACUAUACCAUCUGAAGAUCUCAAUUACUAUCAUUUGGUGGAACAAUCCGAUAUUGCGCCGACCUUGGCGGGUCUGCUUGGUUUUCCCGUCUCCUUGAACAAUCUUGGUGUUUUUAUACCAGAAUUUCUUUCCUUGUGGCCCCAAGAUACACGAAGACUGAACCUGCUGUAUAGCAACGCCGAACAGAUUUUAAACGUCGUGAAGGAAACGUUUCCCAAAUUUAAUACACGUUCUGACCUCUACUGCGAUACUAGAAAUUCAUCAGCUGAUUUGACUAGCCUGGAAUGUCGAUGGCAGAAGGCAUCUCAGCUAGUACAACAGAGCAAAAGUGAUAGGAGCUUCCUUGCUGAAGCUGAGUUGUCUCUCAUAGAAUUCUCCCGCGCAGCGCAAACUAUCAUGAGCAAUGCUGCUAGUAAUUACAUUUUAGCAAGACUAUACUAUGGAACUGUGAUAGCCGCAGCUGCUGUAUUUUUAUGCAUUAUCUUGUGUUGUGAUCCUUUGCUGCUGAACCGAGCAUCGGGGGCAAUACAGUAUUUCAUACUAGCCAUUGCUGGCUACUUUGCUCUCAUGUUUGCGAGCAGCUAUGUGGAAGAGGAACAACAAUUCUGGUACUGGAUUUUGACUGGAUGGACUGGUUAUCUUUAUAUCAAGACGAAGGCUGAGGGCCGAUUCGAAUUCAAGAGUGCUUUAAUAUUUGGUGCAUUGUCCCGAAUAGUCAGGCGUUGGAACCAGACAGGCCAGAAAUUUACAACAGAACCCGAUAUCGCCAAAACAUUUUUCACUGAGUAUCCGAAUAUUUUAUGGAUAUUAGCUCUUCUUACAUAUACCGAUAUCUACCAACGAUUGAGGGUCCCGGGAUCGCGAGAGAGACUUAACAUCUCGACGGCCCUUUAUCUUCCGUUGACAAGCUUUGCGUUCAUAUUUAAGGCCGCUUUUACCUCAGCAGAUGCCCCGGAGUUGAUUCGCUAUACACCUGUUCUUGACUCUAUAGUGAAAAGUGUGCGGGGCUUCACUCUUCUCUUGCAAGCUCGAGUAAUAUUUCUUGGACUAACUGUCGCCUUGAUAUAUAAUGUGUAUCAAAAGAGGAAAGCAGCGAAAAAAGCAAAUUCUGGGAAGCAAACAGGUGGGUUUAUGGUCAAUUAUCAUCUACAGCAAUGCUAA